UGAGGCCGGGGGAGGCUGACCACAGCGCCGCGCACCAGUAACCUUGUCUGAUGUGAUCAUUAACCUUUUUGGAAAGUGCAGCUGGCAGAUCUCCGAGGUUUGUCAUUAGAAUGUGAGGAGAACUACUUAAACAGUCAGUUGCACGGACUAUUCACUGACUAUUUACUCUGAGAGCUACUGCUUUCCUUCGGCGAGGCAGAAACAUGAGAGUUCAGCAAGUCUUCUUUGUAGUUAUUUUUUUGCUGAGUCUUGUACUCACCAAUGGACAGAGAUCAGCUACUUCAACAACAAGAAUAAACUCAUACAGAAAAAACUGCCGUCAGAGGAGAUGUCGACCUCUUCAUUCACGGGUGCCCUUCCCCUGA